UAAUGCCCUGCCUUUGUAUCACGAAGACCUGGUGGGGCGGGGCUUUACGGAAACCGGAAGUCGCCCGUGACAAGUUCUCGGAGCAGUUCCGAUGACUGUCCACAACCUGUACCUGUUUGACCGGAAUGGAGUGUGUCUGCAUUACAGCGAAUGGCACCGCAAGAAGCAAGCAGGGAUCCCCAAGGAGGAGGAAUACAAGCUGAUGUACGGGAUGCUGUUCUCUAUCCGCUCGUUUGUCAGCAAGAUGUCCCCGCUAGACAUGAAGGACGGCUUCUUGGCUUUCCAAACUAGCCGUUACAAACUCCAUUACUAUGAAACACCAACUGGGAUCAAGGUUGUCAUGAAUACUGACUUGGGCGUGGGACCCAUCCGGGAUGUGCUACACCACAUCUACAGUGCGCUGUACGUGGAGCUUGUGGUGAAGAAUCCCCUGUGCCCGCUGGGGCAAACUGUGCAGAGUGAACUCUUCCGCUCCAGACUGGACUCCUACGUCCGCUCUCUGCCCUUCUUUUCUGCCAGGGCUGGCUGAAACAUCUUGCCUCAUCCCUCAGGAGGAUCUGUGCCUGCUUGGGGCCCUUCCUCACUUUGGCAGCCUAGGGCCCCCAUUCCAUCUACCCCCUCUUCCAGGGCAACAACCUUAAGGCUCAUCCUGGUGUCCCAUGGGUUGCCAAAGAAGCCCACAGGAGCCUCUACACCUCUAAACCAGGCGCUAUAAUCAGUUUUUCCCCCUACUUGAUGCUGCGAGAAGCACGGAAUAAAUUUUUGUCACCUUU